CUACCGUGGGGACUAACGUUACUGGUCAGCGCUGUGGCAAGACGUCCCGUACCUGAAGACCUGCACCAAAGAAUGUGGAUAAACCUGUUGUAAGACAGUAGAAACGUUAGCCCGACAUCAAAAGAUGGAAGUGCAGGUCCAGGAGUCUGUGGGGAGAUGGAACGGGCUGGGCAGCCGGGAUGCCAACUCCAGAUCUGAAGCCAUGGAGAACAUCCGCCAGGAUGUCAUGAGGAAGGUGGAGGACAUCAGGCCCAUACCACUGUCACCCCCAGCCUCAGGAAGCCCUCCCAACAGUGACCUGAAUGACAUCCUGACUCACCUCCUCAUGCUCUCUAAACGGUGUCCCUUUGACGACGUCAAGGAGAGAUGCAUUCGGCUUCUACAGGGCGUCCAGGACUUGGGAGUAAGGAUCCCAAGACCCUUAGGAAACGGACCAAGCAGAUUUAUCCCUGAAAAAGAGAUUCUUCAAGUCAGUAAAGUGGACGCCAGGACACAGUCGAUAUUUGAGGAUGCGUUUGCAGCCCUCGGUCGCCUGGACAACAUUUCCCUGGUGAUGGGCUUCCACCCGCAGUACCUGGGGAGUUUUCUCCGGACGCAGCACUACCUGCUCCAGAUGGACGGGCCCUUGUCUUUGCACUACCGACACUACAUCGGCAUCAUGGCGGCAGCUAGACACCAGUGUUCCUACCUGGUCAACCUCCACGUGAACGACUUCCUCCAGGUCGGGGGGGAUCCCAAGUGGCUGAACGGCCUGGACGGCGCCCCGCAGAAGCUGCAGCAGCUCGGGGAACUCAACAAAAUCCUGGCCCACCGACCGUGGCUUCUCACCAAGGAACACAUCGAGCGCCUUCUGAAAGCAGAGGAGCACAGCUGGUCCCUUGCAGAGCUCAUCCACGCCGUGGUCCUCCUCACACACUACCACUCCCUCGCCUCGUUCACAUUCGGCUGCGGCAUCACGACGGAGAUCCACUGCAACGGGGGACACACGUUCAGACCCCCCUCCCUCAGCCAGUACUGCGUCUGUGACAUCGCCAAUGGCAACGGCCACGCUAAUCACCGCGACGAUCCGCUCGGCAACCAGGAGAUGUGUGGCGAGGUGGAGGUGCUGAUGGAGCGCAUGAAGCAGCUGCAGGAGUGCCGCGACGACGAGGAGGCCAGCCAGGAGGAGAUGGCAACCCGCUUUGAGAGGGAGAAGACAGAGAGCAUGCUCGUGGUCACGGCGGAGGACGAGGAGUGUGUCCCCUCCAGAGACAUCUCCCGACACUUUGAGGACCCCAGCUAUGGCUACAAGGACUUCUCCAGGAGAGGGGAGCAUGUGCCCACAUUCAGAGUGCAGGACUACAGCUGGGAGGACCACGGUUUCUCUCUGGUCAACAGACUGUACCCUGAUGUUGGUCAGAUGCUGGAUGAGAAGUUCCAGAUGGCCUACAAUCUGACCUACAACACCAUGGCGACACACAAGGAUGUCGACACCAGUAUGCUGCGCAGGGCCAUCUGGAACUACAUCCACUGCAUGUUCGGCAUCAGGUAUGACGACUAUGAUUACGGGGAGAUAAACCAGCUUCUGGACCGUAGCUUUAAGAUCUAUAUCAAGACUAUGGUGUGUAGUCCUGAGAAGACCACCAAACGAAUGUACGAGAGUUUCUGGAGGCAGUUUCAGCACUCCGAGAAGGUCCACGUUAAUCUGCUUCUUAUGGAAGCGCGAAUGCAGGCAGAACUGUUAUACGCUCUGAGAGCGAUCACCCGCUACAUGACAUGAAGUGCUUUUGGUGUUUUUUGUUUUUUUUUACUGUUUGUCGUUGUUGUUUUUUGGGACACUUCAAGAAAGGGUGGGGAAAAAAAGAAAAUCAAAGGAGAAGGUGGGGAUUCAACAAAAGUGUGGAGGAGACAAGAGAAGCCCUGGGUUGUGACAGUGCUUAUUGGAUGGGUGUUGAGAAGAGGAUCAGAACAAAUGAAAGCAAGAAAAAAAACUAAGAUGAACUGUUGAAGAAAAUCAUCUCAAACUACAAGUGGAUACACAAAUUCAGUUUGUGUUGCCUGCAGUGCCAAAACUGACCAAGAGAGGGCCGCCUGGAGUUUGAGUUUGUGAGGCAUCAAGGACGAUGUUUCAGUAUUCCAACAUGCAACACAUUUGUCGCCAAUCUCUUCUGUCUCCUGGUAGAGUGAAGACCCACCGAGAAGAAAAAAAAUAUAUAAAAACCCAGCAAGCUGUGCAGCCAGAAACAGACUGCACUUUGAUUCUGUCGUCACUGUUAUAUUUGUUUAGUUUCUUUAACACCUUUUUAUUUCAUUUUGUAUGAAGAGAAGUGGAUGUUGUUGUCGAUGUAGUUGCUGUUAGUGGUAACUGGAGAUGGAAGCAUUAACUUUGGGCGGUGUUUUUUUUUUUU